CUCUAAAUCUGUAAUAUCUUGGGACCUACGUCAGUAAGAAUCAAUGGGACUUCAUGAACUAUGGCGCUGUUCGAUGUGACGACAUCCGAUUACCGGGAUACUCCAGGGUAUUUCGUUAUCAAUGCAGACGUCCGGUGGUGGGUCAAUACGUCACCAUCCGCAAUUUUGACUUCACACAACCAGACUAUAAUCCAGGCAAUUUCUAUCAAAUGGAAAUCAACGAGAUAGUUAUUCUAGGAAGAUCAACAACCUGUGGAAGCCCAUUAGGAAUGGCCUCAGGUAACAUCUAUGACUAUCAGCUUGGAGCCACUUCGGAUGACAUAGAAGGAGUUGAAGUACUGCCACUUUCUAUUCGAGGGCGAUUAUAUUAUCCGGACCCAGGCUGGUGUGCUACAAAGAAGGAUGAAUCACCUUGGUUUUCUGUUGAUUUGAUUGUCCCAACAGUCGUGCAAGGAAUUUCAGUGCAAGGGUGGAUAUCAGGAAAGGAGACGAAAUAUAUCCAGUCAUUCCAAGUGUCUUAUGGCGUGACAAGGAAAGCAAUGAAUCGUUACGAAGAUUCCCCUGGGGUUGUAAAAACUUUUCUUGUUGAUAACACGGUAGCAGUCACUACACCACAGACGUUUCUGUUCCAUGAGGAUAUUCUGGCGAGAUACAUCAAAAUACACCCAUCUGUAGCAGAUGGCCAACAAGCUUGUCUCAAGGCAGAAGUCAUAGGCUGCCAGAAACAAUUACAGAGGGAUAUCAAAUGUAAAAAGGGUACCGUGGACUUUGGAUUUGAGGAACUAAAACGGUUUUUAUUCUUGCUUGAAAAGGAAGAUAAUUCGCCCUACAAUGUAAGGAAUGUUUCCACAAUCGAAGGUUGUAGACAGUUUUGUUUAAGUAAUAACUGUACAGCAUUAUCAUUCCAAAGAAAUUCAGACCUUCCGGAAUGUUCACUAAGUUUUGGAGAUAGAUAUCAUCUAACAAGAAAGGCGGCCUGGGUACAAACAGGUGUCAUUCUUAAUCAGGCAGCUCAUCGUCUGUGCUUCAAAGAGGCAAUGGAUGUAACUCAAUGUUCAUUUUCAAUAAAUUUAACAAAGAAGGACAAGUCCGUCGUCAGGUCACCAGGAUUUCCUUUUAGUUAUGGACAAGGACUGAAUUGUACCUGGAGUAUAUAUGCCGGAAAUUCUAGUUUUGUCAGGCUGGAAAUGAUUUAUUUACAACUGGCUAAAACGACGACAGAAAUAGAAUUAAAAGAGCUUGGGAUGGUUGAUAUAAAUCCAGGAAGGUGCAAAGACCAAAUAAUUAUACGUGACGAUUCGAGCACCAUAGUGAUUACCGCGGAUUCACAAGAUAAAUUCAAAGACACGGUCAUUAUCUCUUCUGGAAGAACUGUAUUUGUUUCACUGGUGUCUUGUUUCCAAAUGUAUGCUUCACAGCUGGAAAAGAGUUUUGAAAUUUGGGCUACAACAUCAGGUAGCAUUUAGCAGUUGAUAUGUGGGAUGGCUACAGAAGGUAGCAUAAUCAGUUGUACACUGCAGUCAGCCUUUAUAGCCACAGAGAGAUACCCCGCUCCAUAUGAAACAGGAGAAACUUGUUCUUGGAACAUACACGGAACAUUUGGGCAAUACGUAGAAUUGAAUGUUCUUAAUUUAGAUGUCAUUAAUGGAGACGACACAUGUUCUAUGUCAUAUAUUGCAAUUUAUGAUAUCGACUUGAAUGGAAGGGAGGUGUUACUUGGUAGAUUCUGUAAAGAAAAUAGACCUUAUCAGAAUAUUACAUCCCGAUGGCACCAUAUGAGGAUAGAAUUUUGCUCUGGAAAUGAGAAUAUCCGGGGUCAAGGUUUUUUAGGGAUUUAUACGUGUGUGAAUUUAACAGAAACAUGGUUAGAUAUCAGGAAUAAAGAUUGUUUAAAUGAUUGGCAUUACUACAACGGAAGCUGCUAUAGAAUAUUCACCGAUGACAUAGGCAUCACGUGGCCAGAAGCAAAUCACAAGUGUAAUCAACAAAAUGGAAGUCUUGUUAGUAUCUCCUCAAAAAGGGAACUGUCUUAUGUUCAUUUUCUCUUCAAGCACGAUAUAAACAUUACAGGCGACUGGGAAAUUUACAUAGGUCUUCAAAAGAGAUACACAGAGGGAAAAAAUGAACUGAAAUAUCUCUGGACAGAUGGAAACCCUUUAACCUUCACUGCAUGGUAUCGUGAUGAUAGCAUGAAGAACCGACAACCAAAUGGCGUCCAAAAUGAGCGAUGCACCAGUAUUAACUUUUACAGCAUACACUCAUUGAGUAAUUGGCAUGAUACCCCAUGUGCUUACAAUAAAAUCCAGAGUUAUAUGUGUGAAAUAGACCUCCAUCAAAGUAACGAAACUAUAAGUCGAAGGAACUGGUGGGGAAAUGGAACUCUUGUCUCAAGGUCAGCAGAGCUUGGUAAUAUUUUGUUCCAGUGUGAGAACACAGAAUUGAUCAGCAGACUGUUUGUAUGUGACGGAAUAGAGGACUGCAGUGACGGAUCUGAUGAAGUAAACUGCUCUUCCUCGUGUACAGAAACUCAGUUCCAAUGCAGCAAUGGUGCCUGUAUCUCUAUCAGUCUGUAUUGUGACUUUGUCAGCCAUUGUCCAGAUAACACCGAUGAAACCGAUUGUAUUCGAAGACCAUGUAUAGAAAAUGAAUGGGAAUGUUCCACCGGUCAGUGUAUUCCUGCCAAUAACCGCUGUGAUAUGAAACCAGACUGCGUCGAUGAAAGCGAUGAAAAAUAUUGUGAAGGUUGUAAUCAUGGAUUUGAAUGUUACGAUCAGACCUGCCUACAUCCUUCUAAGGUGUGUGAUGGCUUUAUCGACUGUAGUGGAUUCUUUGCUGAGGACGAGUCUCGGGACUGUGAAGACAAUGUCCAGGAGACGUGUAAAGAAUGGUGGGGAUUGGGACGGAGGGAGAAUGGGGAAUAUCUUGUUAAUCUUGGCUUGGAAGGUCUGAGACCUACAAGAGCAGAGUGUCGAUUUCAAAAAUCUGAUAAUCGUGUCAGAGUGCAGACGAUAAUUCACCAUUCUGAGGAAGAAACACUGUACUCAAGUCUUUUUGAAGUUGAUGCAAAAUUAAGGUACUCUGCAAAUGAAAGACAAAUAUCGGUGCUAAAGAAUACAAAUAAAUGCAGUCAGGCUAUAAGAAUACGCUGUCAUUACAUCGACCAUACAUCUAACGUGUUUUGGGAAGGAGAAAACGGAGCUCGUAUUCACAUAAACUUUGGGGAUAGUGACGAAAACUGUUCUUGUCCAUUUGUGAAUAAAUGUGAAGAGGAAAAAGUAAAGUGCAAUUGUAAUUCCACAAUGGGUGAAUGGUAUCGUGCUGAAGCCACAGAGGUUAGAGAGGAUUCAGGUGUUAUCACUAACCACUCACUCCUGCCCAUCCAAAAACUGUUCAUCAUUCGUGCGGGGGAGAACAAAUUCGUUAAGGUUGACAUCGGACCACUUGUUUGCACUGAAGAGACAGAAGAUGUGAACAAAGAUUUUGUUUGUCGGACAGGCAAGAUCGUGGCAAUGUCAACACGAUGUAUUCUUGACUAUAGUGAAAACGGGGAUAUCGUUGGCUGUCGAGAUUUAUCUCAUUUAGACGAUUGUGAUUCCACAUCGUGUCCUGUAGGUUAUAUGAAAUGUCCCGGAAGUUUUUGUAUUCCUCCGCGAUUUAUCUGUGAUGGCGAGAAGCACUGUGAAGACGGAGUCGACGAAAUGCAGUGCGGAUCUUGCCAAGGUUUAUACAGAUGUCAAAAGAGCAAAGUCUGCUUGGAUCCGCAAAAGCUAUGUGAUAAUAUCCCCCACUGCCCACUUAGGGACGACGAACUACUUUGUAACAUCACCUGUCCGGAAGAGUGUGUCUGUGAUGGCCUUUCUGGCCUGUGUGGGGGUUUUCAAAAUAUUAGUACGGAACGGCUUCCAAAAGAGCUGAGGUUUCUAAACAUUAGUGGAAAUGAUUUUAGUAAUGGAUUGCCAUCUCUUCAGCAUUUGAUUCAUCUAGUUAGAUUGUUUGUUACGGACUGUCAUUUGACAUCAAUAAGACCCUAUUCCUUUAUCAACCAGCAAAAUCUUUUAAUACUUGAUCUCAGAAAUAAUAAAAUAACCCAUAUUUAUUCCAAUGCCUUCACUGGACUAGUGUCUUUGAAAGUGCUGAACUUAGAGGAGAAUGAUCUUCAAAAAAUAGCAGAUUCGGCUUUUCUUGGAUUGAAAACGUUACCUAAAAUAGUUUUAACAAAUACCAAUUUGUGGUCCAUUGAACGGGAUACUUUAGUGGGCUUACAAAACGUACGUCUACUGAAUUUGUCAUCAAAUAAUAUUCAUUAUGUUUCAAAUUAUGCUUUUCAAAACUUGUCUGAAUUAUCAGUGUUGGAUCUACGAAACAAUAAUAUUUAUGAGUUUUCAUCUGAAAUCUUUUAUGGGCUUUCGAAUCUCGAGAAAUUGUACACAGAUUCCUAUGCAUUCUGUUGUCUGAAACCUCAGUCAGUCAAGGAUUGCUUACCAAAAGUGGAUGAAUUCUCUUCCUGUGAUAACCUAAUGAAAAAUAAUGUCCUAUCUACGUUCUUGUGGAUCAUGGGAUUUAGUUCCCUGUUGGGAAAUCUGGGCGUCUUCAUAUUCAAAGUGUUUUUCGACUCAGAAACUCUGAAGAAAGGCCAUGGAAUUUUCAUCACGAAUUUGUGCAUUUCGGAUUUUCUAAUGGGUGUUUACUUGAUAAUCAUAGCCUCUGCUGAUGAACAUUAUCGUGGGAGAUAUAUCUGGAAUGAUUUACUCUGGAGAUAUAGUAUAACUUGUAAAAUAGCCGGUAUGCUUGCUGCUAUUUGGAGCGGGACUUCGGUAUGUUUGCUAUGUUUGAUUACCGUUGAUCGUCUCAUCGCUGUCAAAUUUCCAUUUGGACAGUUUAGAUUUACCAGAAGGAGAGCUUUAUUUAGUAUUGGCGUCUUGUGGAGCAUUAUAGUUCCGCUAGCAGCGAUUCCUCUGAUUCCAGGAGGAUAUUUCCAAGGAGAGUUAUACUCUAGAUCUGUCGUCUGCCUUGCAUUUCCUCUACCUGCUGGAUGGGACUACUUAACAGGAAUCCUCGUCAUACUCAAUUUCCUUUUCUUUGUGAUUAUUGCAUUAGGACAAUGUUGGAUAUACACAGAAAUCUCACAAACAACCGCCAAAAUUCCAAUUGGAUUUAUAGGUAAUAUGUCACGUAAUAUCUCGAAAUAUUUGUAGAACACGAAAAACAGUAUGAUUUUAAUUGAAACUGAUGUCAUUGUACAACGUAAAAAGAAAUAUUAUUGUUUUCUAUGUACUUCAGGGAUAUUUGCCUUAAAUGGGCAUGUGAUAUCUGGAGAGGUGUAUGCCUGGGUCGCCGUUUUUAUCCCCACGGUCAACUCAGCCUUAAAUCCAUUCCUCUAUUCCUUUGUAAAUUUAAGGAGAAGGGUUGAGACAAGACUGUCAUCCAAAAAGAGAACAAUAUCUCGUUGUCUGCCUUCCACAGAAACUCUGACCAACCUCUCGCUCUCGGACUACAUGCAGAAUCACAAACUUACUGUACCGGAAAUGAAAUUUAUCGUCCUCCGAUUGACCGAAGCCAUGAAGUUCUUGCAUGAGCGUGGUCUAGUUCAUGGGUGUUUUGAUACAAAUCUUGUUUCACUCAGUCUUAAGGAUGGGAAAAUAAAAGAUCUAUUUGUGAAAAUUGAACCACGUGAAGCUCUAGAAGACGAGGAUAUUCCGAACGACUUCAAACAACUGGAGGAAUUAGUGGUUAAAAUGCUGAAAAUCCACCAAAGUAACACCACCGAUAACUCUCAUUAGAAUA